AUGGAUAAAGGGAAUAGAGAUAAUGAUAGAGAUCAUAUUGAGAAACAGAAAAAUUCCGUACGGGUACAACUCUUAUUUGAACGAAGUGAAAAAAUGCGAUCUUUGUUGUCUAAUAGAACAAACACUAAUACCUUAAUUGAGUCGGUCAAGAUCAAAUCUGUUUAUCAAAGUGCUUCUCUGAUUGCUCAAGACAUCUCUUUUCAACUGAGAAAGAAAACAAGAUCAUUUCGUUCCAUUUUUAGUAGAAUAGUUAAGGAUAUUCCAUUAGUAAUGAAAAAAGGGGUUGAGGGGAUCCGUAUAUGUUGUUCAGGUCGAUCAGAAGGCGCAGAAAUAGCUAGAACUGAAUGCGGAAAGUAUGGAAAAACAUCUCAUAAUGUAUUUAACCAGAAAAUCGAUUAUGCUUUUGCGGAAGUAUCUACUCGUUACGGAAUCUCAGACGGAAUUCCUUCGUUCCCUUUCUCAAAGGCGAAGAUAUCGAUUUCGAACAAAAAGGGAAUCUCGAGUACAAGCCAAGGAGAAAGACUGCCAUCUCAGACAUACCAUCAACAGAGUCAGGAAAGGACAGGCAUAAGGCACGCUAAAAAAAUCCGGUCUUUCAACUCUAUCCCUUCUCCAGCUAACCAAGCUAAUUCCAAGCUCCCUAUGAGCUCAGAGUCGCUAACGCAAAGAGGAAGAAGAGCUACUUCCAUCAUUCCAAUAGUAACAAGGGCCAUUGGGAGACUACUAAGGAGAAAGUCUUCAGCAGAAGACUCACAAAGGGAUACUGACAAGGCCAAAAACAAAAUUCGGAUUCGGGUGCUCUUGCCGAGGAAGAAUGGAAUGAUCCUUGCCACUUUUUAUUCCCUUAUGCCGAUGCUGACUCUGAUCGCCUUGAAUACUAUCCUUUCCUUAGGAAUAGCAGGAAAGAUCAGAUCCAUGAAGACUAUGGGUCAGGGGUCAGGAUAUUUAGUUAAACCCGCCCCAGUCUUUAACCUGGGAAUAAAAUAUUUAAAAAAGAUCCUCCCGGAAAAGCUUGAACGUGUCGAGAAGAAGUCUUUCCAAACCCAAGUAUGGUAUUUUCUAUCUUAUUUGUCAGCAAUUCAAGGAAUUGGAUUUCUUUCAUGCCUUACUUUCAAAGGUUGGGUUCUCUCUGGGCGGUCGAGCCCUAUCCUUUGCUCUAAGAGGGUUGGGCUGCUCAGCAGGGCUUGCCUUGACUGUAGACUUUACUUUACGAGUGCUGCUCACAUACCAAAACCAUAUGAUGCCUCUCGGCGAGGGAACAUCAGGCUCUGA